UUCCAGGUUGGUAAGAUCUGCACAGUGUCAAAUCCAAAGGCCGUUUGGCAGGUUGAAAUUGGGUUACCCAUCCUGAGCUUUGGAGUGGGUGUUUUUGUUUUCUUUUUGCGUAUGCAAAUGAUUUGCUCGUUUGUUGAGCAACUUGUGUGAGAGGGCAGGCCGGGGCUUAUGUCUUUGCCUGGACGGGGUCGAGCUGGUGGGAGAACAGGCUGUUCCUCUGUUAUUAAAAAAAAACAGGCUGUUCCUGUCGGGCGUCCACAUCCGAUUCAGAUUGUCUGCCUUACUGAAGCAAAGGUACGCAUGCCUUUACCCCUUGUGGAUACCCUCCAUUCUCCAUCCAAUGGCUGAUGAGAAUUCAAUCUUUUUACGGUGUAUCAAGUCAGCCUAGUUUUCUCAGCCCAGUAAGACCCAAUCGGAGAGGGGAAAAAGGCAGCGCUUCCUCGUGCCGCAAUCCGGCCGCCACCGCACGCUUUGGCGCGGAACCCGCCGGCGUUGGGAAAAAUUAGCGCGCGCGGACGCGCGGGCGGACCUCGCCGCGCGGCUUCCCAGUUUCUCCGAAUCGUAGUUUCUCUCCGUCCUGGCCCUUGUCUCGGCCGUCCACGACGGUGUUGACGUGCUGCUCGCUGUCUCAGCUUCUACGGGGGCGCGUUGCGCCUCCUUUGCUUGCAAAGGACGGCCAGCCUGUGCUGCGCGGAUCUUGCUCGUGUGCUGUGCUGGACAACGAAGGGCCGACCUCUGCGAUGGCUGUGCUUUCAGGACAUCAAUCUACAACCACAACACCUGGCCAAGAUGGGGAGGCACAAGGUUCAAGCUUGCUGGAGGCUGUGCUGCAGCCGACGACCAAUGAAGAUUCAGUUGAAGAACCCAACAAGGAGAAUGUUAAUCCUAUUUGGGUACCUCAAAUUGGUCAGAAAUUUAGAAAUUUAGAUGAUGCUUGGACAUUUUGGGUAGAUUAUGGAGGUCAUGCAGGUUUUGAGGUCAGAAAAAGGUACGCAAAUGAAAGCAAAUAUGAUGGGAAGAUAACUUCAUGUCGAUUUGUGUGUGCAAAAGAGGGCUAUCGAGCACGAGACAAGAGAGAUCAUAACACAAAGAAUCCUCGAGCUGAAACAAGGACAGGUUGUCCAGUUCGAAUCGGUCUUACAUUAGAUCGAGUGGAAGGAACAUAUGAAGUGUUAGAUCUAGUGCUUGCACACAAUCAUGUUUUCACAUGCCACAAACCUUUCAUCUGCUGCUAUCACAGAGAAGGAUUUCAGAAGUGCAAGCUUUUGAAAUUGAGGCCGCGGAUGAUUCAGGAAUUAGGCCAAAAGCAGCACAUGAGUUGGCUAGUCGGAUGGUUGGAGGAGCAAUGAAUUUUAGCUACACUUGUCGUGAUCAAAAAAAUUACUUACAAGGUAGACGCCAAAGGGAGUUGGCAUAUGGUCAAACAGGAAGCAUGUUGAAGUAUUUUCAAGACAAGAUAUCUGAGAACCCAUCUUUUCACUAUGCGCUUCAGUUGGAUUGUGAAGAACAUAUAAGCAAUAUAUUUUGGGCUAAUGCUAAAAUGAUAAUUGAUUAUGCUCACUUUGGGGAUGUUGUCACCUUUGACACUACUUUUGGCACAAACAAAGAAUAUAGGCCUUUUGGUGUCUUUGUUGGGUUCAAUCAAUUUAGAGAGAAAGUUAUUUUUGGAGCUGCUCUUAUGUUUGAUGAAACAUGUGAUUCUUUCACAUGGCUUUUUAAGGCUUUUCUAGCUGCACACAAUGGCAAACAUCCUAGAACUAUAUUUACAGAUCAAGACUCUGCAAUGGGAAAGGCUGUUCGGGAGGUAUUUAUAGAAUCUUGGCAUGAACUGUGCACCUUUCACAUAAUGCAAAAUGCUGCCAAGCACUUAAGCGACAGUAAAAAGGAUGAUGACAAGGACAAGAAAAAGCCUCACAUUCUCACAGAGUUUAGUGCUUGCAUGUAUGACAUUGAGGACAAAAUAGCCUUUGAUGAAGCAUUUGACAUCAUGAUAAAUAAGGUGGACAAGAAGAAGGCAUCAUGGCUGCAAAACAUCUACAAGUUCGAAGAACAAUGGGCUGAAUGUUACAUGAGGGAUGUUUUGACAUUGGGGAUGAGAAGCACACAAUUAAGUGAGAGUUUCAAUAGUGACCUAAAAGACAUUUGA